CUGAGGUGGAGGCUGGGGCUGGAGGCCAUGGGGUUGGCCCGACCCCUGACCUGGUUGUUGGGCCUGCCUACUGCAGUGGUCUAUGGCUCCUUGGCCCUCUUCAUCUCCGUUCUGCACAACGUGUUCCUGCUCUACUAUGUGGACACCUUCGUGUCAGUGUACAAGAUCAACAAGGCAGGCUUCUGGGUUGGAGAGACGGUGUUUCUCCUCUGGAACAGCCUCAACGAUCCUCUCUUCGGAUGGCUCAGUGACCGCCAGUUCCUCAGCUCCCAGCCCCGGUUGGCUGCUGGGCUGUCCUCAAGAGCUGUGGUGCUGACACGGGUGCAGGCGCUGAGCUGGCAUGGACCAUUGUUUGCACUGUCGUUCCUGGCAUUCUGGGUGCCCUGGGCCCCAGCUGGCCUGCAGUUCUUGCUGUGCCUGUGCCUCUAUGAUGGUUUCCUGACGCUUGUGGACCUGCACCAUCAUGCCUUGCUGGCUGACCUGGCCCUCUCAGCCCACGAUCGUACCCACCUCAACUUCUACUGCUCCCUCUUCAGUGCUGCUGGCUCCCUCUCUGUCUUUGCCUCCUACGCCUUCUGGAACAAGGAGAACUUCGCCUCUUUUCGCGCCUUUUGUGUGGCACUGGCCUUUGGCUCUGGGCUGGGCUUUGUGGGGGCCACAUGGCUGCUGAGGAGGCGAAUUGAGGCAGCUGGCAGGGAGCCAGGAUACCCAACCCUAGCUGUGGAUGGCGGCCUGUGUGGAGAGGAACUGCUUGUGGGCGGCGAGGAAGCGGGCAGCAUCACCUUGGGCCAGUACCUCCGGCAGCUGGCACGCCACCGGAACUUCCUGUGGUUCGUGGGCAUGGAUCUGGUACAGGUCUUUCACUGCCACUUCAACAGCAACUUCUUCCCCCUCUUCCUGGAGCACCUGUUGGCAGACCACAUCUCCCUGUCCACUGGCUCUUUCCUGUUGGGCAUCUCCUACGUUGCUCCGCAUCUCAACAACCUCUACUUCUUGCCCCUGUGCCGGCGAUGGGGCGUUUACUCUGUAGUGCGAGGACUCUUCCUGCUCAAGCUGGGCCUUAGCCUACUCAUGCUGUUGGCUGGCCCUGACCACCUCAGCCUGCUCUGCCUCUUCAUUGCCAGUAACCGUGUCUUCACUGAAGGCACCUGUAAGCUGCUGACCUUGGUGGUCACUGACCUGGUAGACGAGGACAUGGUGCUGAACCACCGUAAGCAGGCGGCCUCGGCGCUUCUCUUUGGCAUGGUUGCCCUGGUGACCAAACCAGGCCAGACCUUUGCCCCACUCUUGGGUACCUGGCUGCUCUGCUUCUACACAGGUCAUGAUCUCUUCCAGCAGGCCCCACUGGCCCCCGUGGGGAGUGCCCAACCCUGGCCAGAGCCCCCAGCCCCACCCCCUGCCCAGGCCCCAACACUCCGCCAGGGCUGCUUCUACCUGCUGGUGUUGGUGCCCAUCACCUGUGCUCUGCUGCAGCUGUUCACCUGGUCCCAGUUCACACUGCAUGGGAGACGCCUGCACACGGUCAAAGCCCAGCGCCAGCACCUGUCACAGGCUCAAAGCCUGGAUGUGAAGACGGUGUGAGAAGUGGGGCAAGGCCAGCUGGGCAGGACACUGCCCACAGUCCUGGGGAGAAGCCUCUUU